UUAAGCCUCUUUCCCUUCCAUAUUGUAGAUCCCGCUCUGUGCCCUUUCCCUCUUCAAAGGUCUCUUCUCUCUUUUUUUUUUCUUUCCAUUUUCUCUCCAUCCAAACAGAAAUAUGUGCAACAAUAACAACAGUACUAGGCGAAGCAAAAGAAAACCAAAGUCUCGUAGUUUUUCUCUGAAACAUUCUCGGAAAACCCGAAGUAAAACUAGGAGACCAAAGUACCUUAGCCUUCUUCACCUUGAAGAAAACUUACCCCAAAUGCCAUUAACCAACAACAACGAUAACAACUACAAAGAAAUUACAGAUAAACAGCUUAAUCUUUUCCCACUUCACCCUGAAAAUUUAGUUGAAGAUCGUGAUACACAGUACGAUAAUGUUUCUUUGCUUUUCAACACGACAGAGGGAGACAGCGAUCAUGCUGUUACACUUAACGGUCUUUUAGACAGCGAAGGUAGUGAUAAUUAUAAGAAUGAAACGGCGACGGCGACGACCACGACGACGGCGACUACGGUGACGUCGGAAGAGAGUCCUUUGUCGCCUUCUUUUACGUAUAGGGGGUAUAGCUGUGAAGAUCGAACGAGGUUGUCGCUUGUACGGGCGGCUAUGAAAGGGAAGAAGGAGAGAGAUGAGAGUGAGGAGAAGUGGGUGGUUUAUUCUGAGGUUGUGGAGAAGAAAGAGAUGGAAGAAGUGAGUAGCGGCGGCGGAGGAGACGGUGGUUAUGAUGGCGGUGCAUGGUGGAGUAAGAAGAAGAUGAAAAAGUUGUUGGCUUUGAAGCUUAACUAUGAGGAGAUAAUGAAUGCUUGGUCUGGUAAGGGCCCCCUUUACAUUGAAGGAGAGUCCCCUCAAAUUGUCCCUCACUUGCAUCAACCGUCUCCCAAUCUGGUAGUGGAUGGUAUGGGAAGUGCAUCCAAUGUGUGGAAGGUACCAGAAAUGGCAAGUGAUUUGAAGAUAAAGGAAGAAAUAGAGGAGAAAGAGGAAUGGAGAAAAGGGCACAGAGAAGCAAGUGUGUUGAGAUACAAAGAGAAGAGGCAAAAUAGGCUUUUCUCUAAGCGUAUUCGUUAUGAAGUUAGAAAACUCAAUGCUGAAAAGCGCCCCAGGUUGAAGGGUCGAUUUGUGAAGAGAGAUUGAGAAGUGGAAAGAGUAUACUCAGGAGAUGGAACAACUGUGGCCUUGGGUUGUUCAAAUGACCCUUUAUCAUAUUACAAUAUCAGUGAGGGAUUCAAUGUGAACUAUAGAUUAUAUCUGAAACUUGUAAAUAUGAAGGCUACGAUCAUUUGGAGCUAAACAGUUAACAUUAUUUUCCAAAUUCUGCCUUGAUUAAAAUUAUACAGGCUCAUGUAAAAUGAUUUCAAUUGUGGAUCACUAAAAUCACAAUAAGUUUAAACCUA